UUUUUUUGGCGGAGUUUCACAAGUUUUGCAAACUUACUGUGAGAAGUUUCUAAACACCGCUCCCACCAGCACUGGAGAUUUUUUCGACAAGUCCUUGCAAGUAAAGUUGAGUGGGAGGAAGGGAAGGGAAGGGAAGGCAGACACAAAAAGCUGGAGUAACUCAGCGGGGACAGACAGUGUCUCCGGAGGGAAGGAACAGGCGACGUUUUGGGUCGAGACCCUUCUUCUUUGACUGUCUACGAGGAUGGCUGGACUACGCUGGCCCGAUGCUCAGGAGCUCUUGGUACUCCUGCUGGGGUUGUUGCUGGUGUGCUAUCUCAUCAGGGCAAGGAUGUCGAACAAGCUUCCCCCGGGACCUUCUGCCUGGUGGCAGCUUGUAAAUAUCUUCUCUUCUGACCGAAAACCUCCCCAUAUUCAGCUGGAACAGUACAGAAAGAGAUACGGGGACGUUACGACACUGUACAUAUUGUGGAUGCCAAUUAUACUUCUAAGUGGGUUUCAGACAAUCCAGGAGGCUCUGAUCCAAUACAGCAGGGAAUUUGCUGGCCGCCCUAGGACACGCAUCAAUGAUCUCCUCACCAAAUGUCAAGGCAUCAUUUAUGCACCCUACGGGAGGUCCUGGAAACAGCAGCGAAGAUUCACUCUCACCAUUUUGAGAAACUUUGGACUGGGGACAAUUACUUUUGAGGAGAAAAUCCUGGAGGAGGCCAAGUAUUUGAUCGACACGCUCAAGGCACCGUUGGAAGGUCAAGCAGCGGACCCCCGCCCUGUUAUCACCAGCGCCGUUUCCAAUGUCAUGUGCAUGAUCAUCUUCGGCAGACGCUUCCACUAUGAAGACAAGACCUUCAAACACUUGGUCGGGCUGUACGACCAGAUGCUGAGAAUACACUCAGGGUUCUGGAUGAGGAUCUGUGCUGUGUUUCCCAUCAUCCUCUAUCUUCCUGGGCCUCAGCAGAGGAUCUUUGAAAACCAGGCCGCCAUUUUGGCCAUCCUUCAGGGCUUCAUCGAGCAGCAUCGAGAGACUUUGAGCGGUGAAACCAUUCGGGACUUCAUUGACGCCUAUCUCCUGGAGAUGGAAAAGGAGCGGGAUGGAUCCCCCGACUCGAUGCUGACAGAGGGAAACCUGCUGCACGAUAUUCAUGACCUCUUCUUGGGUGGGACUGAGACCACCUCGACCACACUGUAUUGGGGGCUUCUCUACAUGAUGGCUUAUCCUGACGUACAAGUGAAGUGUCAGAAGGAGAUCGAUGAGGUGAUCGGCCGUUCGCGCCGCCCGUCUAUGGAGGACAGUUCCGACAUGCCGUACGUCAGCGCAGUUAUCCACGAGGUCCAGCGAUACGCAAACAUAUUUCCCGUGUCAGUUGUCCGGGCCAUGACACAAGACACCGCAUUUAUGGGGCACCAAAUCAAAAAGGACACCCUGGUUUUGAUAAACCUAUACUCAGCCUUGACUGACGAGGGCCAGUGGAAGCAUCCACACCAGUUCAACCCGGAGAAUUUUUUGAACGAUAGCGGGGAAUUCUUCAAGCCAGACGCAUUCAUUCCGUUCUCAAUGGGUGUCCGCGCUUGCCUUGGGGAACGUUUGGCCAAAAUGGAGCUCUUCCUCUUCUUCACCUCGCUCCUGCAGCACUUGGAGUUUCACUGGCCCGACGCAACCACCUCUCCCAACCUGGAAGGCCAGUACAAAAUCGUGGUGGAGCCCCAACCAUACGAGAUGCUGGUCAGACGCAGGGAGACCUUGGGCGACCUGUGACCUCCGCUAACGAGGCAGAGGGGGGGGGAAGAGUUGGUGACGGGACCAGGAACGAUGGGGCGUUUAUCUCACGGGCACGAUUAUCACGGUGGGGCAACGAAUUCCGCAGAUUCACCGCCCGCUGACUAAAGAAAUUCCUCCACGUCUUCCUAAAGGAACAUCCUUUAAUUCUGAGGCUGUGACCUCUAGUCGUAGACUCUCCCACUAGUGGAAACAUCCUCUCCAUAUCCACUCGAUCCAAGCCUUUCACUAAUCGGAUCUCCGGUUUCCUCUAACACUCCAAAGACAUACAGGUUCUUGGGUUAAUUGGCUUAGUAUAAAUGUCAAUUGAUUAUAGGAUAGAGUUAGUGUGCGGGGAUCGCUGGUCAGCGAGGACUCGGUGGGCUGAAGGGCCUGUUUCCACGCUGUGUCUUUAAACUAAAUUAAACAGAAAGCAAAGAAUGACUGAGCUACAUUAGGACAACAGCCGGCCAUGCAGCCCUUCUAGUCUGUGCUAGCCUCUGCACAUCAGAACGUUCCUUCCAUAUGAUGUGGAUUAUGUGCAGAUGGAUAACUGAUGGAUACAAGGAACUGCAGAUGCUGGUUUACAAAAAAAGACAGAGUGCUGGAGUAACUCAGCGCGUCAAGCAGU